UUCGCCUCUCUCAAUUCCCACAAAUCUCCAUUUGAUCCUCCUGCCACUGCGUCUCUCGCUCUGUACAAAACCUAACCUUAAUAUGCCUUCUUUAACACCUCUGAAACGAUCUCCAUUGUCGAUCCAUCGGCUUCAUGUUCGCCUAUUCUCCCAACCAGUCGACUCGCCACCUUCCUCAUUGACCCUAUUCGAAAUCUCUCACUCCAAUCAUCCCAAAAACCCUAAUUUAACAUAUUUUCUGAAAUGGGUUUCGGGGAUCACCUUUGUUGGUUCAGGCCUAGGCUACUUGUACUACUCUGAUUCUGCUUUUGAUUCUUUAAAGAAUUCGUUUUCAUCCUUUGCCGAAUGGUCAAAGGCAACUAAAGAAUCAAUGACUGGGAAGAAUCCCAAGUUUCUAUUUGGAGAAGCAUACAGGAGAAAGAUUUUUUUCAACUAUGAGAAACGCAUUAGGAUGCGAAGCCCUCCUGAAAAGGUUUUUGAGUACUUUGCAUCGUUCAGAACCCCUGAAGGAGAAAUACUAAUGAGACCAGCAGAUUUCAUGCGGGCAGUUGUUCCUGUGUUCCCUCCAUCUGAAUCACACCUUGUUAGGGAUGGGUAUUUGAGGGGGGAAAGGAGUCCUGGAGAGUUACGUUGUGAUCCGUCAGUUUUUAUGUUUUUUGAUAUGAACAAUGAUGGACUUAUAUCUUUCAAAGAGUAUAUCUUUUGUGUUACCCUACUGAGCAUCCCAGAGACAAGCUUUUUAGUGGCAUUCAAAAUGUUUGACAUUAACAAUAACGGGGAGAUUGAUAAGGAGGAAUUCAAGAAAGUUAUGGCUUUGAUGCGAGCUCAUAACAGACAAGGAUCUCUCCACAGGGAUGGACUUCGAUUUGGAUUCAGAACUGUUGGUUCUGUGGAAAAUGGAGGCCUGCUGGAGCACUUCUUUGGUAAAGAUGGAAAGGCAAAACUCCAACAUGAGAAAUUUUUCCAGUUUAUGAGAGAUCUGCAUGAUGAAGUGCUGAAGUUGGAGUUUGCCCAUUAUGAUUACAAAUUACGAGGAUCCAUUUCAGCUAAGGAUUUUGCCUUAUCCAUGGUAGCUUCUGCCGACUUGAGUAAUUUAAACAGGUUGCUUGAUCGGGUUGAUGGAUUAAACAAGCAGUCUUCUCUAAGUGACAUUCGUAUUACCUUUGAGGAAUUUAAGAGUUUUGCAGAGCUACGUAGAAGUUUGAGACCAUUUGCAUUGGCUCUUUCUAGUUAUGGGAAAGUAAAUGGACUAUUGACAAAGACGGAUUUCCAACAUGCAGCAUCCAAUGUAUGUGGCAUUUCUCUCAGCAAGAGUGUGGUUGAAAUCAUUUUCCAUGUGUUUGACAUGAACGAUGAUGGAAAUUUAAGCUCAGAGGAGCUUGUGAGAGUUUUACAGAAACGGGAAAGGGACAUUGCUCAACCGAUGGAGUCAGGAAUCAUGGGAUUUUUUUCCUGCUGUUGUAAUCAUUCAAAUUACGGCUCUAUUUCAGGACUUCUUUCUUGAUUAUUUCGUUGGUGCAUAGAUUUUGAUUUUUUCACAAUGUUGCUUCUGAUAACUCGGGGAAUGAGAUCCGGUUGUAAAACUGAGGCUUGCACCAUGACUGGCGAUCUACAGUUCAAGAAUUAGGAAAUGGAGUGAUUAACUAGCAGGCUAAUCUUAUGAAUUUGCUGCCAGCUUGUAUUAUGGUGCUGCUUAAAGGCAUUCUGUACAUCUACAGUGCAGAUAAUUCCUUUAUUGGCUUUUUCCUGUUAACCCAUGUGUGGAUUUUUUGAAGCAACCUUUUUGCUGCUAAACUGAAAAGUUGUACAGUUAUUCAAUACAAAUAGAUUUGUACAUACUCUGUUUCUUUGAA